GCGUACGUUUCCGUCGAUCGAGCUUCGGUUAAUGGUCGGUAUCGGAGGAGGCGUGCCAAGCGGAAAGAAUGACAUUCGCUUGGGCGACGUUGUGGUGAUACGAUUGGGCAAGAACACGGACGACGGCUUUGUCAUGAAAGGAUUCCUUUGGCCGCCACCCGAGAUUUUGAGGAGUGCUGUGGGUAUUAUGCGGUCCGACUACAGGGUUUCGCAUAACAAGAUCCCUGAGUUCCUGUCGGCCAUGUUUCAGAAAAGCGACGACGUUCGCGUCUCGUACCAGCGGCCUGUAGAGCCGGAUGAGCUCUUCCAGUUAGAAUAUCGUCAUGUCCCCAACCAAGCCACCUGUCAGCUCUGUGACAAGACAAAACGGGUCCAGCGUCCGCUGCGUGAACCGACCCCCAAGAUUCAUUAUGGGCUUAUUGCGUAUGGAGACCAACAUUAUGCUGCGGCUGCGGCUGCGGGGUGCGCUAAGGGGCUCCUUUCGUAUGUGGACCUGCCGCAGCCUUCCACGACGACAGCAGCCGUCGGUCAGCAUGGAUUCGACUCGUCUAUGGGCAACCGUCCAGCUGCGCAACACAUCUUCCGCGGCCAGGGCGUUCAAAACCCGGGGUCUGGCAAUGUCUCCAUAGGGAAGGACCUGAACAUUGGCAGGAUUGAUUCAUGGUGA